AUUGGGUGACCUAUAUUUUUCUGCUGCCAUCAACACAUGAUACAGGGUCACGAUGUAGUGGGAUGUUACCAUCUUAUGUCAAUUCAAACAAGUUAUCAAUUUUUAUGCCAGUUUUAUGUUUUUCAAUUAAUGAUUUAAAAUAAAAUACAGUGCCAAAUGCGUUGCCGUCAACUAAUUAACAAGAUGUCCAUUUUUAAAGUUAUUGUUGUUAAACAGACUUAAUAAUUCUACAAAAAUACGAUUUAAAAUGGUACUUAAAGCUUAGUUGUUGUUGCCCCCAAAAUACUCACAAAAAAGAACAAAAAUGAACGAAUCUGGGGGCAAUGUGCUUCAUGUUGGAGAUAUUGUGUCUCUCUAUGCCGAGGGUACAGUGAGUGGGUUCCUUAGUACUCUAGGCUUGGUUGACGAUCGUUGUGUGGUAUGUCCAGAAGCAGGGGACCUAUUAAACCCACCCAAAAAGUUCAGAGACUGUCUGUUUAGAAUAUGUCCAAUGAACAGGUACUCUGCCCAGAAGCAAUUCUGGAAGGCUGCCAAGCAAAGUAUGGCUUCAAAUACUGAUACAAGCUUACUUAAGAGAUUACAUCAUGCCGCUGAAAUAGAAAAAAAGCAAAAUGAUACUGAAAACAAAAAAUUCUUGGGAACUAAUGUACUCUACGGCAAUGUGGUUCAGCUCCUUCAUUUAAAGUCAAAUAAGUACUUAACUGUAAAUAAGCGGCUGCCAGCUCUACUAGAAAAAAAUGCUAUGCGCGUUUAUCUCGAUAGUAAUGGGAAUGAAGGCUCCUGGUUUUAUAUUAUGCCAUUUUAUAAACUGAGGGCAACAGGUGAUAAUGUCGUAUUGGGUGACAAAGUUAUGUUAAACCCUGUUAGUCCUGGGCAACAAGUUUUGCAUGUAGCAUCUAACCAUGAAUUAGCAGACAAUCCAGGGUGUAAAGAAGUAAAUGUUGUUAAUGGAAGCACUUCGUGGAAAGUUACCCUAUUUUUGGAGCACAGGGAAAAUUUAGAUGAUAUCUUGAAAGGUGGUGAUGUUGUUAGGUUGUUCCAUGCGGAACAAGAAAAGUUUUUAACCAUGGAUGAGCAUAAAAAACAGCAUCAUGUCUUUCUCAGGACAACAGGACGUACCAGUGCAUUUGCUGCUACUAGUAGUAAAGCUUUGUGGGAGGUGGAAGUGGUUCAAAACGACCCCUGCAGGGGUGGCGCUGCGCACUGGGAUUCUUUAUUUAGAUUUAAGCAUCUAGCUACAGGGCAGUAUUUAGCUGCCGCUGUAGAUUCCGAUGAAUCUGAUAAAAAUGAUCCAGGUGAAAAUACCUCUUACCGUUUGGUACCCGUUGCCCACCCUAGUGAAAGAAACGAAAUAGCUUCGCUUUUUGAACUUGAUCCAACAAGCUUACCAAGAGCAGAUUCUUUGGUUCCCCAAUCGAGUUGGGUUAGAUUACAUCAUAUCUUUACUAAUACUUGGGUUCACUCUACCUCAAUACCGAUAGAUAAAGAUGAAGAAAAACCAGUUAUGUCCAAAGUAGGCUGUGCUUUGGUUAAAGAAGACAAGGAGGCCUUUGGAUUAAUUUCAGUGUCACCUGUAGAAGUUCGCGAUCUCGAUUUUGCAAAUGAUGCUUGCAAAUUAUUGUCAUCCUUAUCUGUUAAGUUAGCGAAGGGAACAAUUUCACAUAGUGAAAGGAGGUCUUUAACGACUUUGCUACAAGAUAUUGUUUAUUUUGUUGCGCAACUGGAAAACGAUCAAAACAAGACUGAAGCUUUAGAUCUAAUUAUUACGAAUCCUAAUCGAGACAGGCAGAAACUGCUGAGGGAACAGGCUAUUCUUAAACAACUCUUCAGAAUAUUGCAGGGACCUUUCUUAGAAGAAAAUGGGGAACCAUCAUUUCUAAAACUCGAAGAACUUAAUGAUCCUCGUCAUGGACCGUACAAAUAUAUUUUUAGGCUUUGUUAUCGAAUAUUGAGAUUAAGUCAACAAGAUUAUCGAAAGAAUCAAGAAUAUAUAGCAAAACAUUUUGGUUUCAUGCAGAAACAAAUUGGCUAUGAUAUUUUAGCUGAAGAUACAAUAACGGCUUUAUUACACAAUAACAGGAAAUUGUUGGAGAAACAUAUAACACCAGCAGAAAUUGAAACUUUCGUCGGAUUAGUGAGGAAAAAUAUGAGUAAUUGGGAAUCUCGAUUUUUAGACUAUUUAUCAGAUUUAUGCAUAUCAAAUAAAAAAGCAAUACCAGUAACCCAGGAACUAAUAUGUAAAAGUGUGUUGAGUCAGAAAAACUCUGACAUUCUCAUAGAAACUCGAAUGAUGAAAACUCAGGUUGAGCUUCACGAAGUCGCUGAAGAGGAUGAAAGUCUGUUAGAUAAUGAAGAUAGUUUAAUAACGGUAGUGGAAGAGUGUCAAACUAUGUUGCUCUGGAAAAAUCGUCAGAAGCAGAUGACUUUGACCGAUUUAUGUCGCAAUGCAAAACUAGGAAGCAAAGAAGAUCAAGCGAUUCUCGACUAUUAUAAACAUCAGCUAGAUCUUUUCUCUAACAUGUGUCUCAAUAGACAGUACUUAGCUCUUAAUAACCUGUCGCCACACCUAGACAUAGAACUUAUACUUAAGUGUAUGGCGGAUGAAAAUGUAAACUUUGACCUUCGCGCCUCAUUUUGUCGAUUGAUGCUACAUCUUCAUGUAGAUAGAGAUCCACAAGAGCCUGUCACUCCUGUCAAAUAUGCAAGAUUGUGGUCAGAAAUCCCAUCGCUAAUGUCUAUAAAUGAUUAUGAUUGUAACAAAAUGCCAGACCCAAAUAAAGAAGCAGUUCGUGCCAAAUUUUCGUCUACUAUAUCUUUUGUGGGUGGUUAUCUUUGCAAUGUAGUUGCUAAAAUGUGGUCAUUUGCUGAUCAGGAACAAAAUAAACUAACUUUUGAGGUUGUGAAAUUGGCCAGAGAGUUAAUUUAUUUUGGUUUUUAUAGUUUUUCUGACUUGCUUAAAUUAACCAAAACGUUGCUUAGCAUUUUGGAUUGCGUGUCUGAAGCCGAUAUGGACGGCAUUAUUCCAGUAGGCGAUAUUGACUCAGCAGACGACAAAAAGUCUAAAGAAACGGAAGAAAAAGCUGAAGGUGGUGUGUUGAGAACUAUUGGAGAUAUGGGAGCUGUAAUGACUUCAUUAACAUUGGGCCCUAGUGGGAGGGCGGUAGUGACAUCAAAUGGUCAACAUAAAGGUUCACACUACCAUAAAGAAUAUCCUCUCGUUAUGGACACAAAGCUCAAAAUUAUUGAAAUAUUGGAGUUUAUCUUAGAUGUUCGUUUGGAUUAUAGAAUUAGUUGUCUUUUAAGUAUAUUUAAACAAGAGUUUGACGAAUCAGAACGACAUAGCGGGGGUAAUGUUAACCUGGGUCAAAAAAAUAUUGAUUUAGAGGCUAUUGGAAGUCAAGCUGAAGGCAUUUUUGGAAGCAGUGAAGAUAGUGCGAUAUUAGAUCUUGAUGGUCACGGUGGCAGAACCUUCCUAAGGGUUUUAUUACACUUAACUAUGCACGAUUAUCCACCAUUAGUAUCUGGAGCAUUGCAUCUCUUGUUCCGCCAUUUCAGCCAAAGGCAAGAAGUUUUACAAGCCUUUAGACAAGUUCAGUUGCUUGUUUCUGAUAGCGACAUUGAAUCCUAUAAACAAAUUAAAGCUGAUUUAGACGUUUUGAGACAAUCAGUAGAAAAAUCUGAGCUCUGGGUUUAUAAAUCGAAAUGUGUUGAAGACCAUACUUCUUCAGGGAAGAAGAAUAAGGAAGAAGAAGAUGAAGUACCUACAGCAAAGCCACCCAUGCUAAGUGUUUUGGAAAAGAAAGGAUCGGCUAUAAAUUUGGAUGUAGGCCCUCCUUUACACCCGGAACAAGCGGAAGAAUAUCGGAAAAUUCAGCAAAUAUUAAUCAGAAUGAAUAAACUGUGUACUCAAGACUCUCCAAUGCUCAAACCAAGAAAACAUGAACAACGUUUAUUACGAAACGUUGGAGUACACACCGUAGUUCUUGAUUUGCUUCAAGUACCAUAUGAUGAGAAAGAAGACAUCCGGAUGAAUGAACUUAUGAGGCUCGCUCACGAAUUUCUCCAAAACUUUUGCCUGGGUAAUCAACAAAAUCAAAUUUUACUUUACAAGCAUUUGGAUUUAUUUCUAAAUCCUGGGAUUAGAGAGGCGCAAACUGUGUGUGCAAUAUUUCAAGAUAAUCCGACUUUGUGCAAUGAAGAAAACGAAAAAGUCAUUCAGCACUUCGUUCAUUGCAUUGAAAGCCAUGGCAGGCAUGUGCAAUAUUUAAAGUUUUUGCAAACUAUCGUCAAAGCUGACAACCAAUUUAUUAGAAAAUGUCAGGAUAUGGUUAUGCAGGAGUUAAUAAACGCUGGGGAGGAUGUUCUUGUUUUCUAUAAUGAUAAAGCAUCCUUCAACCAUUUCAUUGAAAUGAUGAGAUCAGAACGCCAUUGCAUGGACGAAAGUAGUCCAUUAAAGUAUCAUGUAGAAUUAGUGAAACUCUUAGCUUGCUGCACUAUGGGCAAAAACGUAUAUACAGAAAUCAAAAGUCAUAGUUUGUUGCCUUUGGAUGAUAUUGUCUCAAUGGUUACUCAUCCAGAUUGCAUACCAGAAGUUAAAGAAGCGUAUGUGGGGUUUUUGCAUCACUGUUAUAUUGACACUGAAGUUGAGAUGAAAGAAAUAUACACUUCGAACCACAUGUGGACUUUAUUUGAAAAGUCUUUCCUAGUUGAUAUGGCUGAUAUUGCCACAGCACCAAAUGAUCGGAAACACCCCGACAAUGCUUUAGAAAAUUAUGUUACAAACACAGUUAUGAACCUUAUCACUACAUUUUUCAAAAGCCCGUUUUCUGAUCAAAGUACUACAGUACAGAAUCAUCUGCAUGAAGCAAGCGUUUAUUGGAGUGGUUCUACAACAGAUGAUUUUCAUCAUACUUCAAGUAAUUCUCGACUCAAACAUACUCCAUUUUCUUCUAAUACAAGGCAACCAAUUUUCGUACAGCUAUUACAAUCGGCAUUCAGAGUCUCACAGUGCCUUUGGCUUUCCGCAUCUCAGCGAUUUAAUGUCGAAAAUUGCAUUCGUACACUUUCAGAAGUGGCAAAAAACAGGGGUAUUGCCAUACCUUUAGAUUUGGAAAGUCAAGUUGCACCUAUGUUCAACAAGGCUAAUAUAUUAACGCGACAAACUAGCAAGUGGUUGACAGCUUCUAAGACACCGAAAAUUGAAAGAUCGCAGUCACAAUUGAUGAGGUUAGACAGAAGUAUAAUAGAAGGUUUACAAGAUAUCGUCUCACUUCUCGAAGAUCAAUUAAAACCGUUGGUUCAAUCGGAGUUAUCGCUCCUUGUUGAUGUAUUAUAUAGACCAGAACUACUGUUUCCCCCUGGUACAGAGCCCAGGAAAAGAUGUGAAAGUGGGGGAUUUAUUAGGAGGCUAAUAAAACAUACGGAGAAGCUGCUUGAAGAAAAGGAAGAGAAAUUGUGCGUGAAAGUUUUAAGAACCCUUAGAAAAAUGAUGGCGGUCGAUCCGGAAUAUGGGGAAAAGAUCGAUAAAAGUCUGUCAGAAAAUGACAUGGGAGAAGUGCUCAGAAACAGCUUGUUAGCCCGAUAUUUUGGAAAAGCGGCUACGCAGAAUCAGGAAAGCAUGACGGUCACUGCCCAUCAACCAGCUAUAACGCACGGCCCAGGAGCGAAAAUAAUUAGUAGGGCCGGUCAAACUUUACACGAUGUUCAGACCCAUUUAGAUAAAGAAGGAGCAUCUGAUUUAGUCGUCGAAUUGGUAAUAAAAUCGGGAAACUCUCCAUCAAUUUUUGAGGAGGCCGUCGAAUUGGGAAUAGCCCUUUUGGAAGGCGGCAAUUCAACUAUCCAAAAGAGCAUGUACAAUAAAUUACUCGGUGGUGACUUGAGCCAGGCGUUCUUUAAGGUCUUCUAUGAGAAAAUGAAAGACUCUCAAUCGGAAAUAAAGUCCACGGUAUCUGUGAAUACAUCGGAUAUGGCUGCCAAAGCGCACGAAGAUAAGCAGGAUGGCAAAGAAAUUGAGAAACUGUCAAAAAAACAGGGAAAAACAAAUGGUAUAUUGAUUACUGACGAAUUAAGGGAUGAGUUGAGCAGGGCCGCGGAGUGUACAACUCAGGCCUAUGCUCACAUUCGAAGCAUGGCCUCUGGAGACGAUGCAGUAGUGAACUCAAGUGCCGCAUCUGCGUUUGAGGACUUGCUAGCCGAAAAAAUGGAAAAACAUCGCGAAAGAGACGAACAGAACGGGUUAUCAAAUAAAGUUUUGAUAAUGCAACCGAUAUUAAGAUUUUUGCAACUGUUAUGCGAAAAUCACAACCCGAAGUUGCAGAAUCUGUUGAGAAAUCAGAACAACAAAAACAACUUCAAUCUGGUUUCCGAAACCCUCAUGUUCUUGGAUUGUAUAUGUGGAUCGACUACCGGCGGUUUAGGCCUUUUGGGAUUGUAUAUAAAUGAAAAUAAUGUGGCUUUGAUAAACCAGACCUUAGAGACGCUUACCGAAUAUUGUCAAGGGCCCUGCCAUGAUAACCAGAACUGUAUAGCAACACAUGAAUCGAAUGGGUUGGAUAUUAUAACUGCGUUAAUAUUGAACGACAUUAAUCCGCUAGGCAAAUCGAGAAUGGACUUGGUUUUAGAGUUGAAGAACAACGCAUCAAAACUUCUACUAGCUAUAAUGGAGAGUCGAGGUGAUAGUGAAAACGCCGAACGAAUCUUGUCAAACAUGAAUCCCAAACAACUAGUUGAAGUUGCUUGCAAAGCAUUUCACCAAGAGACCACUGAAGACGACGAUGACGUAGACGACGGUAGUGUUGAGGAUGUGGUUUCGCCCAAAGAAGUCGGUCAUAAUAUUUAUAUACUGUGCCACCAAUUGGCUCAACACCACAAAGAAUUAGCUAAUUUGCUUAUACCUUCGGACAACUUGGAUCCUAAAAUGCAUAAAGCACUAGAAUAUUACAAUACUCACACAGCACAAAUAGAAAUAGUUCGCCACGAUCGCACAUUGGAACAGAUAGUUUUUCCGAUCCCAGAAAUUUGCGAAUAUAUUACAAAAGAUACCAAAAUUAGGGUGUUAAAUACGGCUGAGAGGGAUGAUCAGGGUUCCAAAGUUGCAGACUUCUUCGAUAGGACCAACGAUAUGUUCAGCGAAAUGAAUUGGCAGAAGAAACUUAGAGCUCAGCCGGUUCUGUCUUGGGUCAGUAGCUACAUGUCGCUUUGGAGUAAUAUACUAUUCAACUGCGCUGUGUUAAUAAAUCUUAUAGUAGCAUGUUUCUAUCCGUUUGAAGAUACUUUACCACAAAUAACCUCAACAAUCUCCAUAUUAAUUUGGAUAGCCAUGUUGGUCUCUUCCGCCAUAGUUAUAACGCUACCAAGAGAAACUGGGAUUAGAACUCUAGUUGCUUCGACCAUACUUAGGCUUAUCUACUCCCUCGGCCCGGAGCCAACAUUGUGGAUACUUGGAUCCGUAACCAUAAUUCUCAAGGGAAUACAUCUAGUCAGUAUAAUGGGCAACCAUGGAACGCUAACCAAAACGUAUCAGCAAAUUCUAACUGACGCAGAGUUGGUUUAUCAUUUAACAUAUUUAGUGUUUUGUAUGUUAGGACUAAUGAUGCAUCCGUUUUUCUAUUCUGUUUUGUUGUUCGACGUUGUUUAUCGAGAAGAGACACUUCUGAACGUUAUAAGAUCAGUUACUCGAAAUGGCAGAUCUAUCAUUUUAACAGCAGUACUAGCUUUAAUUUUGGUGUACAUGUUUUCUAUAAUCGGGUUCAUGUUCUUCAGAGACGACUUCAUUGUUAGCGUCAAGAAAAAGGAUGUUGAAUCCUGCGAGUCGUUCUCGGAAUUAACGGGAAAUAAAUACAAGGAAGAUGCUACUGGGGAAUAUUGCGAAUUAAUAGACCCCGGCGAAGAACGUAAAGAGAGAGCGUGUGAUUCUUUAAGGAUGUGUAUCGUGACGACUCUUAACCAGGGAUUGAGAAACGGUGGUGGAAUUGGCGAUAUUCUGAGAGCACCUAGUAGUGAAGAGCCCUUGUUUGUACCUAGAGUAGUGUAUGAUCUACUAUUCUUCUUUGUCGUGAUUAUUAUUGUACUUAACCUUAUCUUCGGUGUGAUCAUCGAUACCUUUGCCGAUUUAAGAUCGGAGAAACAACAGAAAGAAUUAAUUUUAAAGAACACCUGCUUCAUUUGUGGGCUAAACCGAUCGGCAUUUGACAACAAAACGGUGAGCUUCGAAGAACAUAUUAAAAACGAGCACAACAUGUGGCAUUACUUGUACUUCAUAGUUUUAAUUAAAGUGAAGGAUCCUACGGAGUUUACAGGUCCAGAAAGUUACGUCUACACUUUAGUAAAGUCAGUGAAUUUGGAUUGGUUUCCAAGAUUACGGGCCAUGUCUCUAGCCGCUGUAGAAGGAGAAGGCGAGCAAAUCGAACUCAGAAGUCUUCAAAAUGUCUUGGAAAGUACUCAGACGCUUGUUAAAAAUUUGUCGCAUCAGUUGAUGGAGUUGAAGGAGCAAAUGGCCGAACAGAGAAAACAAAAACACAGGAUAGGCCUGUUGAGUUCAGCUUCGGCAUAUCUACAACCAAAUAACGUUUCAUAGAGACUAAGUAGGAGUUAAUGUCGUUCACUAGUCUUUUCAUAUUGUUCUACUGUUUUGAUGUUAAUGCAAUAAUCGUUUGCGAUUUUUCUUGUUACGAUUCUAUAUUAAAUCUGCAAUGCUCAAUUUAAUUGUUAAAACCGUUUUCAAACUUAACCAAAACGUUGCCCUCUGCAUGAUGGUAGUCUUAGCCAUUUUUUGCGUAACUACAUCUUCUAUUUUUUAUUAUUAUCCGUUGUGGUUGUAGGGUGGUUGUAUGAAAAUAUUUCUUUAAGAAGCAAUAUUUUUGUUGUAUGUACUUUUGUAAUGUGUAAAUUUUCUUGAAAUAGAUUCUAUAC